UCCAAGGCAAAGUGGGAAGCCAGGUUGAAAGAAAGACUUUGGAAGGGAGUUAAGGUCCAGGGACAGUCCUGCAGCCCACCUGGUCUGCUCAGUGGUGAGGGGACUUUCCUAUAAGGGGUGGGAGGUGCUUGAUUUCUUCCAGAAAUUAGUACAGGUGAAACUGAUCCUGCCUCGAAUUUGGACUUCAGAGAGGGAAGAUGAUGAGGGCAACAGCUCACGCCUGAGAGUUUUCAUUCUUUUAAAGUCUUUCAAUGACUCUUUCAAGGCUGAAUAGCAGUAGCAAGGUGUAACUUGGGUUUUUGGUUCAGGGGACUUUGGCUAAGCCCUAGAAUGAAGUGCUUUCUCCCUAAGCAAGCAAAGGAUUGAAAACCCCACUAUGCACCCCUGGGUCAUGCUUGCCCAGUCCCUGUUUGAUGAACAUAAGACUACGCUCCCCAGUCCUACCUAAGACUGAAGCCCGCUCUUUGGUGCCAACCGAGGCCUGGGAUUCUGCCACUUACAAAAGAGGGCUCUGGGAAGUCGAGAAAGAUUCAAGAAGUCUGUCUGGAGUAGGAGGAAAGCGGAUCCAAGAUGGGCUGGCUGAAGAGCCUUCUCCGGGCCAGAAACCUGCUGCUGGUCAUCUUCGUGCCACUCCUGCUGCUGCCUUUGCCCCUGCUCCACCCCAGCAGCGAGGCUGCAUGUGCCUAUGUGCUCAUUGUGACUGCUGUGUACUGGGUCUCUGAAGCUGUGCCCCUUGGAGCUGCAGCAUUGGUGCCUGCCUUCCUCUACCCAUUCUUCGGAGUGCUUCGGUCCAGUGAGGUGGCGGCGGAGUACUUCAAGAACACCACUCUGCUGCUGCUGGGCGUCAUCUGCGUGGCAGCAGCCGUCGAGAAGUGGAACCUGCACAAGCGCAUUGCCCUGCGCAUGGUCCUCAUGGCUGGAGCCAAGCCAGGCAUGCUGCUGCUCUGCUUCAUGUGCUGCACCACACUGCUGUCCAUGUGGCUGUCAAACACAUCCACCACAGCCAUGGUCAUGCCCAUCGUGGAGGCUGUGCUACAGGAGCUGGUCGGAGCCGAUGACGAGGAGCAGGUUGCAGUUGGCAAUUCUAAUGCCGAAGAAGCUGAAGCCAUCAGUCUGGAGGCAAGCACCAGCCAACCUUCUCUGGAACUGAUCUUCAUCAAUGAAAACACUUCCACUGCAGACCUCACAUCCCUGGUGCAGAACAAGAACCUGAAUGGCAUGUCCACAAUCGCCACCUCCAGCAAGACUGCCAGCCUUCAAGAUAGGAACCAGCUCCCAACCCAGGAACCAUCAGGUGUCCAGACCUCUAGCUCUAAGCACCAGGAAGUUAACAGGAAGUAUAAGUCUCAGCACGACCAAAUGAUCUGCAAGUGCCUUUCUUUGAGCAUCUCGUAUGCUGCUACCAUCGGAGGCCUCACCACCAUCAUUGGAACCUCCACCAGCCUCAUUUUCUUGGAACACUUCAAUAAUCAGUACCCAGCCGCCGAUGUGGUCAACUUCGGCACCUGGUUUCUCUUCAGCUUUCCCAUCUCCCUCAUCAUGCUGGUGGUCAGCUGGUUCUGGAUGCACUGGCUGUUCCUGGGUUGCAAUUUUAGGGAGACCUGUUCUCUGAGCAAGAAGAAAAAGACCAAGAGGGAAGAAAUGUCAGAGAAAAGAAUCCAAGAAGAAUAUGAGAAGCUGGGAGACAUUAGCUACCCUGAGAUGGUGACCGGAUUUUUCUUUGUGCUGAUGACGGUGCUGUGGUUCUCCAGGGAGCCGGGCUUUGUUCCUGGCUGGGAUUCUCUCUUUGAAAAGAAAGGCUUCCGCACUGAUGCCACCGUCUCUGUCUUCCUUGGUUUCCUCCUCUUCCUCAUCCCUGCCAAGAAGCCCUGCUUUGGGAAAAAGAAUGAAGAGGAGAAUCAGGAGUCCUCAAAGGGGAUGGAGCCCAUCAUCACAUGGAAGGACUUCCAGAGGGCCAUGCCCUGGGAAAUUGUCAUCCUGGUUGGAGGAGGCUAUGCUCUGGCUUCCGGCAGCAAGAGCUCAGGCCUCUCCUCCUGGAUCGGGCACCAGAUGCUGUCCCUCAGCAGCCUCCCACCCUGGGCCGUCACCCUGCUCGCGUGCAUCCUGGUAUCCAUCGUCACAGAGUUUGUAAGCAACCCAGCUACCAUCACCAUCUUCCUGCCCAUCCUGUGCAGCCUAUCUGAAACUCUGCACAUCAACCCGCUCUACACUCUGAUCCCCGUCACCAUGUGCAUCUCCUUCGCAGUGAUGCUGCCUGUGGGCAACCCCCCCAAUGCCAUUGUCUUCAGCUACGGGCACUGCCAGAUCAAAGACAUGGUGAAAGCUGGUCUGGGGGUCAAUGUCAUCGGCCUGGUGAUAGUGAUGGUGGCCAUCAACACGUGGGGAGUGAGCCUCUUCAACCUGGACACUUUCCCUGCCUGGGCGCAGGUCAGUAACCUCACUGACCAUGUGUGACCUGGGGGCGAUGCUGCCCAUCUACAGCAGCCUCACCUGGGCCUGGACUGAGAACCCGCAAGGAGCCUUUACCCUACCCCCCAAAGAUCCUGCCGCUACCCUUUGCAUAUAGGAAACUUCCAGCCAUCAAGUCCCAUGCUGGUAAGGACAUGUUUUCCUCUGUCCUCAUUUAGCCCCACAGC